AUGACCGGGACUCAGACGGUGACAACAGUUAGUGGAGAGAAACAGACAGUGGCGACAAUCAGUGCAGAGAAACACGCAAACUCAUCAAAGCGAGGAGCAAUGAACAAGACCAAGCCAGACAAGCCAGACAAGACGCCCAGGAAGGCUGGAUGCUGCGCCUUCAUCCACGCAUUCCUGCGGCUGUUCACACGCAAGAAGCGUGGGCUGGAAAAGCCUGUGGUGACUCAUCUCGGAGAGUCUCCGGUGCACCAGACUAUUACGGAAGAACAUGUUAUGGAAGAACAUGUUGUGGAAGAACAUCUUAAGGAAGAACAUCUUAUGGAAGAACAUCUUGAAGAAAAACAUCUUAAAGAAGAACAUCUUAAGGAAGAAACUGUUAUGGAAGAACAUCUUGAAGAAAAACAUCUUAAAGAAGAACAUCUUAAGGAAGAAACUGUUUCGGGAGAACAUCUUGAAGAAAAACAUCUUAAAGAAGAACAUCUUAAGGAAGAAACUGUUAUGGGAGAACAUCUUAAGAAUGAACAACUUAAGGAAGAACAUGUUAUAGUAGAACAUAUUAUGGAGGAGCAUUUUCAGGAAGACCACGUUAAGGAAGAACAUGUUAUGGAAGAAUUUAUGGUGCAAGAAUCUACUCCUAAAGAAAAAACUAUUGUGGAGGAGUCUGUUAUGCAGGAACCUGAUGUAGAACAUCUCAUGAAAGAACAUGAGGUCAAAGAACAUCUACUUGAAGAACAAGAGGUCGAACAACAUAUGAUGGAAGAACAAAAGGUCAAAGAUCAUAUGAUGGAAGAACAAAAGGUCGAAGGACAUGUGAUGAAAGAACAAAAGGUCAAAGAACCUCUGAUGGAAGAACAAGAGGUCGAAGAACAUGUGAUGGAGGAGUAA